AUGACUCCUCCAGCUCACGCACGCACGCCCGACUUCUCGUCAACUCCUCCGCCCGCCUCUCCCUCAUCCUGCAUCAUUGCCGACACCGCCCACGCGCUCGACCCCGCAUCCUCACAUCCUCUCCCCACACACACUCGACCCCGCACACGCUCGACCCUGCACACGCUUAAUCCCCCAUUUGUCGGCCAUCCCGCGCUCGUGGCUGAGGAAGUCGAAGAGGAAAGGCGGCGGCGGCGGAGGAUGAGGAGGGCUGGGAGCUCAGAUGGGCAUAGACGAUGA